UUUCUCGGGCCCCCUUCCUGUACCCCGGUUGAGGAAGUGAAUUCGCUGACAGGGUUGGGUUCCGAGAGGGAGGCGAAAAGAAACAUCUUAUACUCGGCGGGGAUUAAAACAGCAAUAAUAUAGAAGAACAAGUCGUGCAAGCACAACAAAACGAAAGUCUAAAGUAAACGGUGAUUUAAUUUCCCCCGUCUGAGAUCUUCACAGAACGCCGCAGACAUGAAUGACCAGCAGCUGGACUGUGCCCUGGACUUGAUGAGGCGUCUGCCUCCCCAGCAGAUCGAGAAGAACCUAAGCGACCUCAUUGACCUGGUUCCCAGUCUGUGCGAGGACCUGCUCUCCUCUGUGGACCAGCCCCUGAAGAUCGCCCGUGACAAGGUGGUGGGUAAAGACUACCUGCUCUGUGACUACAACCGAGACGGCGACUCCUACAGAUCCCCGUGGAGUAAUAAGUAUGAACCUCCCAUCGAUGAUGGCGCCAUGCCCUCCGCUCGGCUCAGAAAACUGGAGGUGGAGGCCAACAAUGCCUUUGACCAGUACAGAGACCUGUACUUUGAGGGUGGUGUGUCCUCUGUGUACCUCUGGGACUUGGACCAUGGCUUUGCCGGGGUCAUCCUCAUCAAGAAGGCCGGAGACGGAUCCAAGAAAAUCAAGGGAUGCUGGGACUCUAUCCAUGUGGUGGAGGUGCAGGAAAAGUCCAGCGGACGUACAGCUCACUAUAAACUCACCUCCACUGUGAUGCUGUGGCUCCAGACAACCAAGACUGGCUCCGGAACCAUGAAUCUUGGCGGCAGUCUUACAAGACAGAUGGAGAAAGAUGAGACUGUCGGAGAGUCCUCACCACACAUCGCCAACAUUGGCCGCCUGGUUGAGGAUAUGGAGAACAAGAUCCGCUCCACUCUCAACGAGAUCUACUUUUCGAAGACCAAGGACAUUGUGAAUGGCCUGAGAUCUAUUGACUCUUUGCCUGAUAACCAAAAGUACCGGCAGCUCCAGAAGGAGCUGUCUCAGGUCCUCACCCAGCGCCAGAUCUUCAUUGACUAGGGCCAGAGGAGUGUUCAGACUCUGGCGGACAAGUCGAAGCAAGAGCGUCUCAAUAUUGAACUGAUGAAGGCGCUCAAGCAAAAACAGCAAAGCUAGAGAUGCUGUUGUUCUUUUAUCUGUCUCUCUCUCUCUGUCUGUCUGUCUCUCUCUCUCUCUCUCUCUCUCUCUCUCUCUCUCUCUCUCUCACUUUCUCCACCUCACCUCCGCCAUUUUUUUCUGUUUCUCUACGUCUCUCCCUCCAUCCCUGUAUGCCUGUUCCAGUGCUGCACUCUUGUUCAUUUUGUGGAAAAACAAAAAAAGCUUUUUAUUUGGUUGUUUCUUCACGCAUUGUUUUUGAGGCAUCUCUUUCUUUAUGAAGCCAUUCACCCUCUCUCUCUCUCUCUCUCUCUGACUCCUCUCUCUCGUGUAUCUGAAUAUAUUGAUAGUAUUAUGACGGUUAAUGAUAAUCUUACAGUGACGGCAAUGUUUAAAAUCCCUGUAGCUCUCACAGCUCUUGUGUCCUGAGGACUGGUUCUGUUGACCCUGACCGUGACAUGGACCUUGUUCCCAUCUAUGACCGAGGGACAUGAAUGGACACAGACUGUACUGUAGGCGGGGUAGGCUUGGCUGGGCUAUCAAAUAGUCAUAAUUUACACCACCAAUUCUUUGCUUUAGUGCACCCAUUGUAACAAAAUGUGUCACAGCCACCCCUUGAUAUAUCUGUAUCAAACUGUAACUGUCAGUGUAACUUCAUUUUUCUGGGCGAUGUAGUGAUGAGGGAAGGGUGAGAGGGUGAUGUAGUGAUGAGGGGAGGGUGAGAGGGUGCCCCUUGGAUUUGUAAUAUACAGAUUAGUCAAAAUGGUUUGCUCUUCGUUCCGCUAUGGAGAUGUAGACUGAUAAAACGUAGGGACGGACUGUUCAAUUCACUGUGUAUACCCAUGUCAUUAAGUCUCCUUUCUUACACUGUGUAUAACAUGACGAUUUGCAUCCCCCUUUUUCUGUGUUUAGCUCUUCGACUCUCCUUCUAUCACCAUGGUCUUAGUUGGGGGUUACAGUUUGUCUUGCCGGACGUUUUUGACCAUUUACGUUUGGGGAGAGGGGGGGGAUCUUUUGUUGUAUUUUGUUUUGUUUUGUAAAGCUUAUGAUUCAUAUUGUAUUAGAGCCUCCAGCAACAAUAAAAACAGUAAAAAGCUA